AUGAGCCAGCAGACGGCACGGGCACUCUAUGAUAGUACAAUCCGACCACUGACAAGUAUACAAACCGUUGGUCAGCAGUCCACCAACAGAUAUGACAGCACUACUACGUACACGCAUGCCGCUGUCAGCAUCCUCUCCGACCUACUCAAUCCACCGAACGAACUGACUGCGAGUCCGUAUUUCCACAAGCAUGAGAUAUCCCUCUCUGCCACAGCCUUAAACCAGGUCGAAGAGAAUAAUGUUAAUGCUCUCUCUAGCAUUGAAGCCUAUAUACACCGAGAGCCACGACAAAUAUUCACAUGCACACACAUCAACGAUAAGAGGAAAUGCCGACGCAUCCAGUCCGGCGGUGAAACACAGAGCGUAUCCAUAAUCCACCCCAAGUGGGAUGGAAAGCGCGCCUGGAUCGACACGGCACUGCGUCAUACCUCCCCUCCCCCCUCAUCCGGUUUCGGAAAAUUGACCGAUCCUCCCCAGCUCAAGUCCGAUAGUUGGGACACAAGUUCGUACUAG